AUGUCUGCAGAAAUGGAAUUCGUUUCUGAUGCUGUCCAAGAUGGCGUUUCUGACGACUUGAUAAAUGGCAUGGAUGACGGCUUAGAAGGCUUCGACGGGUUAGGUGAACUUUCUAAAGACAUUGCAUCUAGGCCGAUAAGGAAAGCGAAACGACAGCUAGGGAGACACAGUCCAGGGAAGGAAGUAGGGCCUGAUGGUGCUGCAGUGCAGCCGAAAAAAACAUUACCUUUAGCUAAAAAUAGUCGAAAGUCUCGAAAUGGACGGGGCCGUGGGCUUCCCAAGAAAGGUGGAGCCGGUGGUAAAGGUGUUUGGGGUAGACCUGGAGUUGAGGUCAAUGAAGACGGACAUUGUAAAGAUGCACACGACCCCAAUUAUGACUCUGCCAGUGAGGAUGAGUACUUAAUAGAGGAGAUUGACCCAGAGGUGUCCCUGGAGGAGCUGGAGAAGGUCUUGGAGCCUGCAGUUCUAGAAUAUUAUGAAAAUAAUAACCCGGAUGAAUUUUUGAACUCAGUAGCAGAUCUCAACUUAGGAGGGAAAAAGCCAAAGCUUGUGGAAUUUUUGAUAAGCAAAGCCAUUGAUCACAGGGCAGCACAAUGUGAGAUGACCUCCAUUCUGCUUUCUGAGCUCUACAGCCGAGUGCUCACUCAUGAAGAUAUCAUUGAAGGUUUUAAUGAAAUUCUGAACAAACUUUCUGAUCUGGUCUUGGAUGCACCACAUGCACCAGAGGUAGUUGGCAAAUUUUUGGCCAGAGCUGUGGCUGAUGAUUGCUUGCCACCCAAAUUCAUCCAGUCACACAAGGGAAACGUGGAUGAUGAAAUUGCACAGGAAGCAUUGUUGAAAGCAGAUACUUUGCUUACACAAAAGCAUGGCAUCGUGCGCUUGGAUAACAUCUGGGGCACAGGUGGAGGAAUUAGACCUGUGAAAUAUCUUGUGAAACAAAUGGUGAUGCUGCUGAAGGAAUACUUGUCGUCUGGUGAUAUUGUUGAGGCAACUAGAUGUUUGAUUGAAUUAGAUGUUCCACACUUUCACCAUGAGCUUGUGUAUGAGGCUGUUAACAUGGUGCUUGAAAAAUCAACGGAUAGAGCAGCAGAUAUGAUGGUCAAACUUCUGAAGUCACUGGCCUCAAGUGUUAUCAUUACACCUGAUCAGUUUACACAGGGAUUCAAACGCAUCUUUGAUAACUUGAACGACAUCUGUUUGGAUGUGCCAAAUGCUUAUGUGCUACUGGACAAAUUUGCUACAGCGUGUCACAGGGAGGGAAUUAUCAGCACCGAACUCCUCAAUGAUGUUCCUCAAAGAGGCCGCAAGCGCUUUGUGUCUGAAGGGGAUGGCGGGAGAGUCAAGGAUUCCUGA